AUGGUAAUGGGCACCCUUCGCGACUUGCAGCUGGCGCUUCAGGAAAAAAUCGAGGAACUGCGACAGCGGGAUGAGCUCAUAGACGAGUUGGAGGGAGAACUUGACGAGAAGGAUAGUCUUAUCCAGAGGUUGCAAAGAGAACUGGACAAAUACAGAUCAGUCCUGCCUUCGGCGACGGUCAACAGUCCACUUGUACACCGAAAAGUUGUCGGACUCGGGACAGCUGGUCAGGGUUUAAAUCCAUCUGGUUCUAACCAUCCGGCUAAACUGACUAAUGGUGGCGGCGGUGGUAGUAGUGGUGGUGCGGUUGGAGGUAGUGGAGCAACGGGGGGUGCCGGAGUUCAAAGAGAGGAGAGGACUAAACGUGUUGCAAUAUCGGCGGAGCCUACAACGUUUAAUUCGCAGCAACUGUCGCAGAGGAAUAAGGUGUUUCCAAAGACUUACGCGUGA